CUCUUGGGGGGCGCGAUUGAGAGGAAGGGUGACGCCAAGAACGGAGAGAAAUACAUGCAUCAAUAGGCUAGGCUACAUAUUUCUCCUCCUACAAACACGUUAUAACGUUGCCUACUCUGUCAAUACGGAGGAGGUAGUGUGAAUUUAAAGAGCCAGGAGAUCUGAUGAAGAUGAAGACAGUCAGUGUGGCUGUAGUGCUGAGCUUGCUGCUCUGCUCAGCUCUGUCGGCCCCUUUGAAAGGUAAAGAAGACUCCCAGAAGACCAUGUUCUUUGGGGAGGACUUCCAUCUGCUGCUGCCCUCCCUGGCUGCAGAGGUUUUGUUCCAGCCCAGUAAUGCCAAGGCGGGGGUUGAGGUGGUCCUGAUGCGGGGUGGGUCCGUGGUCGGUAACCGUGCCAAGCUCAACAGUCAGCUCAGUCACCUGAUCCUAGAGAACGUGGGCGAGGGGGACGAGGGGACGUACUCGGUGAAGAACAACGAACAGCCGGAAGAAGUCCGACGGAUCACACUCAUCGUCAGAGACUGUUCCAACGAGCAGAACAUUAAGUAUGGGGAGAACUACCACAUCCAGCUGGUGGGGGUGGAGGCUCCCAUUACCCUGGAGUAUAGGCCCAGUGCUGUGGAGGCCAACCUGACUUCCAGGCCGCCCCUGGUGCUGAUGACCCGAGGAGGGCUCUCCAGAGACGGGUACCAGGGGCGCCUGAGUGUCAACGAGCGCCGGGUCACCCUCAACGGCGUGACAGGCGCCGAUGAGGGAAGCUACACCGUCAGAGACACGAACCUGAAGAUCAUGAGGAAGGUCUGCCUAAAUGUCAAAGAACACCAGAACUUUGUGAAGCUGCCGUACGCUGGCACCCUGAAGAUCAACCUGAUUCUGAAUGCCUCCAUGGUGCGUCUGUUCUACACGCCAGACUACGACUUAAAAACCAGACAGAUCCUGGACGGGGGACAGUUAACGGUGCCAGCAGACCUGGAUCUGGUGGGGCGGAUCUCUCUGGAUCCGUCUGUGGUCAUCCUGGACCAGGUCAAGGCCAGCGACGUCGGACAGUUCAAGGUCACGGACAUACUGGGGUUUCCUGUGUCCAACGUCUACCUGGAAGUGGAGGCCUACAAGCUGCCGUCCCUCUACGUGGCAAUCAUAGCACUGGUGGGCUUCCUGGUUCUCCUGCUGUUGGUGUGUCUGCUGUCCUGCCUGGUCAAGCAGAAGAAGCGGGCAGCCAAGGCCCGAGCCAUCGAGAAGAUUGCCCAAAACGCAGGCAAGGAGGACGAGGGAGAUGCCUUCAGACAGGUGGUGAAGAACAUUACUCAGUUUGAGGACUCUAUAGCCCAGUCCAUCGACAUCACAGAGAAGUCUCAGAGCACUGAGGUGGACAUUAAAGGUCUGGAGGUGUCGUCCAAGGAGGUGGCAGGUGGUAACCUGGAGACCAGCGACUCAGGGGUGGAGUUUAACACCACUGGCCUCCCAUUGGACACUGACACUGACGUCCCCGACCAGAUUCCAGAAUCGGAGGCUGAGACUGAGAGUGUUGCCUUUGUCCCAGAAACCAAGCCAAGCCCACCCCCGGUUACCAAACCUAGCCCGGUUCCCGAGAUCAAAAAAAUUCCUGAACCAAAGUUGACCAUAACCAAACCCGUUGAGACCAAACUCAGCCCAAUCCCAAGCCCGGUCUCCAAGCAGGCUCCAAGCCCUAUUGCCAAAACACCUGAUCCAGCCAAAACUCCUGAAUUGAAAACUCCUGAUUUCAAAACUCCUGAUCCGAAAAUACCUGAAUUGAAAACACCUGAACCAACCAAAACUCCCGAUUUUAAAACUCCUGAACCGAAAACACCUGAAUUGAAAACACCUGAACCAGCCAAAACACCUAUUGCUGUGUCUCCAAGCCCGGUGUCCUCUAAGCCAACCCCACCCCUGACCCCUGUCUCCAAACUAACUGCACCCCAACCAUCAACCCCUGAACCCCCCAAGCUGGUGACACCAACCCCAGAAUCCCCCAAGCCUGUGACAUCAAUCCAGACUCCGACCCCAACCCCAAUGCUGAGCCCUGAACCUGCUCCGACCACCAAUGGCACACCCGAACCACCAGCACCUGAAUCCAAACCUGACACUGCUCCGGCCCCAGUGGGUCUGAUCGAAAGCCCUGUCGCCAAGGCAACCCCUCCUAAAACCCCUGAAGUGGAGGUGACCGCCCCAAGUAGUCCAGCCCUUGAGGCCAAAAUGGACGCCCCAGCUGAGGACAACACCGCCACCACCGCAACCUGAGAACAGUCCCUGCACUCCUCCAAGGGAAACCCCACAGACCCAUUUUCCUUUCCUCCUCCACCACUGUAGACAGACAAUCGAACACCCCCCUUACCAAAUAAGGAAGAAAUCACUGCUACUAUCGAGGCGGGGACUUCAAUUUAACACUUCUAACGCUCGAACAUGCUGUAGGUUGUUAUGAUAGCUAACUCACCUGUACCUAACACUAACAUUAUCUUUGAGAUACUUUUUUCAAUUCACAGAUACUUUUCACAAGAUAGGAAAUAUAAGCAAGCAAGUUCAUUUUGUCAGACGUUUUAGCUGUUGUUGUUUCUUUUUGAACUUUCUAUGCUGCAUACUCUUUUUUAGUGUGUAAACUAGAGCAUGACUGCCGGUCUGCCAACAAAAUCAGUUGCAGAGUUUACAAGUAAAAUGUUAAACCGAGCUUCUUUAGAUAUAUUUGACAUUCAGAGGUGUGCAGAAUGGUUCCACACCCUUUUACAUAGAUAUAGGAACAAAUAAAUGGCAAGUGAACAUUACUCAAUCUAGUUCAACUACAUCUAUGACCACCUACUCCAUUUGUGGAAUGAUAAAACCUUUGAUGAUGCCUGCUCUAAUCUCAGCAUGUGGAAAGACAGACCAAAACGAAAGCACGUAUGAUGAAACCAAUGACAUGAUUUAGCCCCCCCAAGGACUUAUAAAUGUGACAAUGACAUAACGUUCUCGUCAAACUGGAUGAAUAUAAAUCACCUUUCUAUCAACCUGGACUGGAUUCCUUCUCCUUGUGACAUUCUCUAGUAGUUUUCCUGAAACCUGGGAAUCCGGGAAUCUGGAAAUGUUCCUGCUGGUCCUCUGCCGUCCUGUAGAAACAUCUAGAAUGCUUGAAUGAUAAACCAUCCUGAUACAAAGGAUCCCCAGCAACACUAACACCUGAAUGCUAAACUCUAACAUCAAUUCCUUCUGAUUAACUAAGUCUAACUUUUGUUUAAAAGUGGAUGUCUCAUGUGAUUGCGCUCCCAACUACGUGAGAGACUGUAUUGGUUAUAAGGUGUUGGCCAACUCUGACUGACUGUCCCAGUGGAUCUCUAGAAUCAGUUUAAUCCAAGAGAAAGAGCUUGUUUUGAUCCUUGACCUCACCCCAGCACCUGAAGACCCCAAGGAGACACCUCAGCACUUUAAGCAAUCCCCAGUGAAUCUUGGGAAAUGUAGUGCUGAUUGUUAUUGUGCUGACUACAACUAUGAGAGUGGGAGAGGGAGAGGAGGAGGGGUCUGGUGAGCGAUGUCAUUGGCUUAGUCCUAACAUUUAAAAAAGGAAUCCUCCCUUCUCUAUGUCCUUCUUUACUUCUGUCCUUCCUUACUGUCCUUCCUUCCUUCUGUACUCCCUCUUUUCCUUCCUCUCUUGCUUGCAGCAGGUGGUGAAGUACAGUAUUAUGGCAUGGUUUCAUCUGGCCGAUAGAUGUAGUUUUACUGUAGGUCCUGCCCUCUUGACUUCUCAUUUAUAGAUUAUGGGUCAGCCUUUAUACCCCAUGAUGACUUAUUAAAGUACAGUAUGAAAGUAUAGUCUUCCCUGAGAUAAUAGAACAGACCCAUGUCAGACUAUUCCUUGCCUACACACAUCUACAUGCAUUACAGUCGUCUACGACCUACAUACUGGAGGCCAACUGUAGAUGUGUUCCACGGCUCUGAUGCCUAGUAUGGUGAUCUCACAGUACAGUAGACAUGCAGUUCUGGUUAUUUGCUCCAGCCUAAAACAGACACUUCACAAAUUAACCCACUAGCAUCCAUCCACAGCACUGGAUAUGAUGUCAAAUCAUGGGUUGAUGUGUUCUAAUAGCCUACCCUAUUGCCAUUGUUCUCUCUGACUGCCCUAAAAAGGUCCUGCGAGAACUUCACUAACUAUUAACACACUGUACCACCAUCUCCAGGACUGUGCCAUGACACCAUCUGUCUUUAGCUGCUUGAAGCUAUGUUGCUCUAGCCUAGAUUUACAGUGCAAUAAGACUUCGCUGGUGGUUAAACUGUAGCCACUAUGUGUUACAAGAGGAGGUGUGCAGAUACAUUUUGCUUAACAAAAGACAUCUCUACCUCAGUGUUUUAACUGACCGUCGUGACAGACACCAUGAAUGGUACUUUGAGUUCAGUGGACUACAUCUAAAAGCAUUUAGGAUUUUUAAUAAGAGAAGCACAAAUAGGAGCCGUGUUAAGCUCACCAACACAUCAAUCAGUUGUUGGAGCACAUAGAAAGUACAUCCAUCUUCAACUUCAAACGAUGGCCUUUCUCUUUCUAAACACUUCCACAAUUCUAAGACGUUUUUUAAUGCUAAAAUGAAUAUGAGAGUAAUAUGAAAGUUAAAAGCCAUAUGGUAAGAUAUAGAUGUUGAUAAGUACAGUAUAUGAAUCAUGAUGAAUACAGUAUGAAUACAUUAGUGUUUGAGGGGCCUAAAUUAUUUGCUAUAUUGUCAUUCAACUGAUGCAAGUGUUGAAAUGUCAAGGAUUAUGUAAAAUUCUACCACUGAAGAGAUUUGGCUCCACUCUCAAUCUCAAUCUCGACCACAUUGCUCGUUAAGCUCUGUUGUGUGGAGCCGUAACACCCAUUUAGGCAAUACUAAAAGCAGUGUUUAUCUGUUUCUACACACACACACACACACACACACACACACACAAACACUCGCUUAUGACCCUGCUGACGAGGUUCAGCAAUGUAAAUAUUGCAUGUGUAAGGUUUAAAAAGUCUCCUCUCAAAGGUUGAAUGUGUUUAGUGUAUAGAAUGGUCGUUGUAUUGUACUUGAUGAUAUAAAAAAGCAAAUCUAAUUUCUCACCUGUGCAAAGCCUACAUGCUGAUUAUUGAAUAUACUGUAUACAUACAAACUAAUCUUCACUAACUUAUAAAAUACAACUUGAACAACUGAAAAUCGUAAACACAACUGAAUAAGUGCAUAUUGUUCCGUGUCACGGAUCUUCGAAUAGAUCUCUAAAAUAUUUUGAUUGGAUUAACUUUUAUUAGUACUAUUUCAACCCUAUCAUGAUAACACUCACAGUAUAGCACCCUUACAUAACUUAUAUAUAUAUAUAUAUUUAAAAAAAAUACAGAAUGAUCUAUGUCACUUUAAAGAUAAAGACGUUUAUUGCAGCAUGUCCACAUGAUCUCCUCAAAGACAGUAUUAUUAUUAUUCAUAUUUUUCUGCUUUUAUAAAAGCCGUCUGUGUGUGUGUGGAGGAUUGAUCAGUCAUAGUGUUAUCUUCAUCCUAGUGUGUGUGUGUGUGUGUGUGUGUGUGUGUGUGUGUGGAGGAUUGAUCAGUCAUAGUGUUAUCUUCAUCUUAGUGUGUGUGUGUGUGUGUGUGUGUGUGUGUGUGUGUGUGUGUGUGUGUGUGUGUGUGUGUGUGUGUGUGUGUGUGUGUGUGGAUGUUUGAUCAGUCAUAGUGUUAUCUUCAUCCUAGUGUGUGUGUGGUGUGUGUGUGUGUGUGUGUGUGUGUGUGUGUGUGUGUGUGUGUGUGUGUGUGUGUGUGUGGAGGAUUGAUCAGUCAUAGUGUUAUCUUCAUCCUAGUGUGUGUGUGUGUGUAUGUGUGUGAUUGUACCUGUGUGUGUGUGAUUGUACCUGUGUGUGCGUGCCCGUGUUGUGUGCAUGCGUGCGUGUGACACAUCAUUUUGUAUCUGUGUCUAGGUAUAAGCCUCUAGCCUACGUGUGUGCAAUGAAAAGAAAAUCACAAUUUCAGCUGUAUGUCGACUUCACAUAUCCAUGCUUAGAAAUGAUUGUCCUCAAUGAUCUGCUUAUCAUCUGACAUUUGUUUAGAAACCGGUCUGUGUUUGUCCAGAGUCAGUAUGUGGUUAACAUCACACAAACCUGCACCUCUGAGGUGCUCUACACGGGAUGACUCUCAUCUUUGAUUUAGUGCCUCAAAUAUGAAAUCAAAUAUUCAAUGGCAAGUCAGCCUAUAUUCUAUAAAUACACUCCAAGAGGCACCGUUUGUUUUAUAUGAUGUAGGGUGGUCUCAGGCUAAACCGCGGUAAAGUACUAUAUGCAGACCUGACUACCUUAUAGGUCUACUGUACUGUAUAAAUAGACACAACACAGUCAGGAGAUACAGAAUAUUGUAGUCAGGACAGGACAUGUGUCAUAUAAAUCACUCAGACACUCAGUCAUGAUUGGAAGAGUGAUAAAUUACCUAGUUGCUUGCCAUUUGGUUGUCAGGGUUUAUUUGAAUGUGCAUUAGCAUGAGAUGGAUAACAUCAUGUUGAAGUGUAUUGUGUAACUUGGUGAGACAGUAACUGCUGUUCAUCUUGGGAAUUCAGUGGCACCAUUUGUAUGUAAACAGCAGGUUUUAUUCAAAAUGGAUGCAAAAGCCUCAAACAGUAUUUGAGAUCGAGCCCUCCUGAAGUGGAACUGAUAUGUGCAUGUGGAUGAAUUUGACAUGUUUUAUACCACUACUGCAUUAUAGCGCUUCCCAAAAGAGGGGGUAAUGUAACAAACCUACCCUAUUUGUGAUGGUUGGUUAGUGUCUGGGUCUUGGAACCAGAAGGUUGUGGGUUCAAUUCCCUCCCUGGCUGGGACAGACCCCCUCAAAUUCACACCAGUGUUCUCAUUGGCGUUCCUUGCACUAUGUGAGUGAUCUCUCUCUGCCCUGAUUCUGAUUCUGUCUGUUUACUCCUUCUGCUGUGAUGGAGUGUGUAGCGCUCUGUAGUCUGUUGAUCUCCCUCCUCCCUUUUUUCACAACACAACACACAGGCGUUUUGUAAAGGAAAGGUGUUAUUUUCUUUAUUUCAUGUCUAAAAAAACAUAACGAAGAAUAAACAAAAGAUUAUGAGAAAAAAAUC